UGUAUUUUUUUUCUUCGUAUAAGUGAAAAAUAUGAAAAAUCACAUAGAAUAAAAAAACUUAUUUUAGCAAAUUGCAUUAAAAAAUAUCUUGAAAUAUAUUCUCCUUAUACUUGAAAUUUUGAAGGGAAACAUUUCGAAAAUCAGGGAUCUUUUUUACAAAAUUUAAAUAGACAUUCUAAUACACACUCGCCAUCGUUAAAUUCAUUCCUAUCAUUCGGAAAAACUCGGUUCACUUUUUCAUCGCGCUAAAUUAGUCCGCAAACCGGCAGCGUCUUCUUUUCGCGACGCGUUACGUCGCAUCUGUUACGAUAAUCAAUGGGGACCCUCGAUAACUCUCAUUUCGAAAAGCCCCUCAGUGGCGUUAUCUCGGCGUAGAUUAAUUCCGUCGCAGGAAACGCAAACGUUAUCCGACGCAUUAACCGCCUCUUUCGUACGCCGGGCGUAACUCGCGCGAUUAGAUGGCUUAGAAAUGAAAUGGAGCGCAGGGACAGUGGUCCUCUUUAUAUGCAUAUAUAAGGGGGGGGCUUUUUCCACCUUCGCUAAAACGACAGUAGAAUCCCGUCGCAAUGACUUUAACCAUCGCGUUGCUUUCCGUGCUUUUGUUAUUCUCUUUGGCCCGGAAUGUUCGCGGAUGGCACAUUGCGUUUCCAAACGACAGCGAGAUCUUUAACAAUGAUCUCCGCGAAACGUCUCAGCCAGCUUUUAUAUUUCCAGGGACAAAAUGGUGCGGCAGUGGCAAUAUCGCGAACGACCCGGACGAUCUUGGAGUAUUCGCAAUGACUGAUGCAUGCUGCCGUGAACAUGACAAUUGCAAAGAUACAAUCGAAUCGAUGCAGACUAAAUACGGUCUGACCAAUAUCGCUUUCUACACAAGGCUACACUGCUCGUGCGACGAGAGGUUCUACGACUGUCUCCAUAGCUCGGAGGAACUCGUUAGCGCGAAGGUCGGCUUCCUCUACUUCAGCGUGUUAGACACGAAGUGCUUCCGCGAAGACUACCCCAUCGUUGGCUACAAACGGCAUUCACUCAUUCCUAGACGCUGUGUGGAGUACGAGCUGGACGAGAGCCAACCGAAGAUGUAUCAGUGGUUCGACGUACCUACGUAUUUCCAAAACGACCAGCAGGCGACGAUGAUGAGCCGUCAUAUUCGAUCACUCGCGGUCCGAUAGAGAAGUCUAUUCUUACGGGAUGGAUGGAAUGUUGGAGGAAAUGCCACACGCGUAUACGGAAUCGUGCGAAUUAUCUCCGCUCGAUCAUAUGUCAACGAAGUUAAAUAAACGUCAAUAAAAUAA